AUCUCCUCUUCCUCUUCCUUUUCCCCAAUUUCCGAUUCCAUGGCGGAUUCUCAGCUCCGGCGACCCACAGCUUCCCCGUCCGAUAACCCUCCUUCCACUACUCAACUCUUCCCACUUCUUCUUACUCUGUUACCCAUCGCCGCCUUCCUCCUUUUCCUCGCCGGAAUCUCCUUCAUCGGAACCGUCGUUGGCUUGGCCGUUGUGUCUCCACUUUUUGUCAUUUUCAGCCCCAUUUUGGUCCCUGCCGCCGUCGCUGUCGCCUUGGCGGUCGCCGGAUUUCUCACCUCCGGAGCUUUUGGGGUCACGGCGUUAUCUUCUCUGUCCUUGAUGGCCAACAUUUUACGACGGUCAGGAGAUACCCUUCAGCUCCAGCAGGCUAAGCAAUGGGUCCGUGAAACGGCGUCGCAUGAGGAAGUUCAAACCAAGACUGAAGAAGUGGGCCCGGCCCAGGAAGGAGGAAGGACUGAACAAGGUGGUCAGGCCCAAGCGAAAGGUACCGAUAAAAAUGGAGCGGCCCAAGAAGGGUCUAAGGCCCAAGAAAGUGGGAAGGCCCAAGAAGGUGAGAAGGCCCAAGGAGGAAAGAAAUGAUAAUGUGAGCCCAUUGAACUACGGAUGGCCCAACUAGGAUCAAGUUUUUGCACUUCAUAUUUAAUUAAUUUAAUAAUUUUGGAAUUCUUAGUAUUUCGAGUAG